GGAUAUCAGUCAGUUCUCAGCAGUGUCGUUUUGGUUAACUUCCAGAAAGGUCUCGCCCUCUAGCAUCGGCUUGUUCUCGAACUCUCCAUUUCGACAAAAUUGAGUCGGUCAAAAAAGUGGGCAGUCGGUCGGUUAUCUAUUCUGUGCUCCCGCUUUAGUCGGCGGCAACGGGCCGAAUAUACGACAAGUGAAAGACAUUUUGCAGAUACGCAAACGAACUCUGUACGCGUUAUUGAAGCCCGACUUCUGUUUGACGGAAAGUUUUUUUGAGCGCUUUUUGCCGAAAAGCUUCAAAGUUUUAAGUAAUUUGUUUUUUUUUUGUUUUGUGAAAAAAAUGAAAUUAAUUAAGGGAUGAUUUUUUUGUUGUGAUAACUUUUGUGUUACUGGGAUUAAUAAUAUUUGAGACAUUGUUACAAUUUUAUCAUAAAGAUGGUUGGCCUAAAAAUCGUAGACGACUACCUGAACAAAAGCUUCUACAAACUAGGAUUAUUAGUAGGCAAACAUCCCGGAUACUUCUUGAUAGUUCCUAUACUAAUAACCAUAUUAGGCAUGACUGGGUAUCAAAGACUGCACAACAAUAUAGAUCCAGAAUACCUUUUCAGUCCUAUCAAUGGAGAAGGCAAACAGGAAAGAGCUAUAGUUGAAAAUUAUUUCAAAGUCAACUAUACAAGUCGAUUUAAUGUGGCCCGUAUUACCAGAGCAGGUCGAUUUGGAAGAGUAAUCUUGACGACCAAAGAUGGAAACAAAAACAUGCUACGUAUGGAAGUCUGGAAAGAAAUGAGAUAUUUAGACGAACUUAUCCAGAACAUGACUGUAACGUACCAGGAUGAAUACUUUACUUAUAACGAAAUUUGUGCCAAAUGGAUGACUGACUGCUUUCAGAACGACAUAUUAAAUUUGGAAUAUAUCAUGGACGAAGUAGAGUCCGGUGAAAGAAACCUAACUUUUCCUUUAACUCUAAACACUGUUACUUUUGAUGUGCACGCUUUGCCAGUGUUUUUCGGUGGUACCCAAGUAAGCGAAGAUGGAUUUGUAAUAAGCGUUCCUUCAGUUCAAUUGGUUUAUUUUGGAAAUGCUGAUAGUAAAAAGAUUGACACGAUGGGUAGUGCAUGGGAAGAUGCUUUUCUGGAUCUAAUCGAAAAAGUUCAAGAGGUCGAAAAUCGAUUCAAGCACAUUCGUAUAGCACGAUUUGCUUCGAGAACAUUGGACCACGAACUCGAGAAAAAUACCCGCUCUGUGAUACCGUAUUUUUCAUCCACGUUUUUGAUUAUGGCUAUUUUCUCUAUUGUAACUUGUAUGAUGUCUGACUGGGUAAGAUCCAAACCCUGGCUAGGUUUAUUGGGCAACCUGAGUGCAGCUAUGGCCACUUUAUGUGGAUUCGGAUUUUGUAUGUAUGCUGGAGUUGAUUUUAUUGGAAUCAAUUUGGCUGCGCCUUUUUUGAUGAUUGGUAUUGGUAUUGACGAUACCUUUGUGAUGCUAGCGGCUUGGAGAAGGACUUCAAUCAAAAUUCCAGUACCUGAGAGAAUGGCCCAAAUGUUAAGUGAAGCUGCUGUUUCGAUUACCAUAACAUCAGUUACAGAUUUUUUAAGUUUUUGGAUUGGAAUUUUCAGUCCUUUUCCGUCUGUGACUAUAUUCUGUAUCUACUCUGGUGCUGCAACUGUACUUUUAUUCAUUUGGCAUCUGACAUUCUUUGCUGCUUGUGUUGCUAUUUCGGGUUACUGCGAGCAGAAAAAUCUACAUUCUGUAUUUUGCUUUAAGGUGCAGCCUUUAUCCAAAUCAGGCGAUAGAUGUUGGCUAUACAGAGUCUUUUGCAGUGGUGGUGUAGAUCCAGAUGAUAUCGAUAACCCCAAGGACAAUAAGGAGCAUGGAUUUAUGAUAUUUUUCAGAGAUUAUUUUGCAGCAUUUCUCAGCAACGGUUGCGUAAAGGUCCUAGUAAUCCUCAUCUUUGGCCUCUAUCUUGUCGGUGCUGGUUAUGGGGUUACCCAAAUCGAGGAAGGAUUGGAAAGGAGAAAAGUUGCUAAAAAUGACUCAUAUGCCAUAGAAUUUUUUGACAGAGAAGAUGAUUACUAUAGAGAAUUUCCGUAUCGAGUGCAAGUAAUAAUUGCUGGCGAAUAUGAUUAUUCAGAUCCAAAAAUUCAAGAUGAAGUAGAAAAAUUGACCCAGACAUUUGAAAACACUUCCUACAUAACUAACAGCCUGUAUACAGAGUCUUGGUUAAGAAGUUUUCUGCAAUAUGUGGAGAGAAAUGCUGAUUAUCUCAAUCUUUCGAUUAAUUCGGAAAAAGAUUUUAUGAAUGCUUUGGAAGAGCGAAAAUGGCUUGACCCAUCGAGCCCGUUCUCUCUGGAUGUGAAAUUUGAUGAGAAAAAUGAAAAAAUCAUUGCUAUGAGGUUUUUGAUUCAAGCGGUUAAUAUAUCUGGCACAGAGCACGAAAAAGAAAUGGUUCGAGCCUUAAGAAAAAUUUGCAAAGAAUCAUCACUUAAUGCUACAGUGUUCCAUCCGUAUUUUGUCUUCUUUGACCAGUUUGAACUUGUGCGCCCUCUUACAAUCCAAAACGUCAUAAUAGGCGGUGGCAUAAUGAUGUUAGUCUCCUUCAUUUUCAUCCCUAAUAUAUUCUGCGCUUUCUGGGUAGCUUUCAGUAUAAUAUCCAUAGAACUAGGAGUUGUAGGUUACAUGGCCUUAUGGAAAGUCAACUUAGAUUCAAUUUCCAUGAUAAAUCUAAUUAUGUGUAUUGGAUUUAGUGUAGACUUUACAGCACAUAUUUGCUAUGCCUACAUGUCUUCUACUGCAAAAACCCCCAAGGGAAAAAUGAGGGAAGCCUUAUAUGCGUUGGGAUUACCUAUUUUCCAAGGUUCUGUUAGUACAAUUCUGGGAAUGCUUGCUUUGAUCCUAGCCAACAAUUAUAUCUUUGCAGUCUUCUUCAAAAUGAUAUUCUUAGUAGUUUUCCUAGGAGCCAUGCACGGACUAUUUCUUUUACCAGUUCUCCUAUCUUUAUUCGGUCCAGGUUCUUGUACUAAACACGAUGAAGAAGAAGACUUGAAACCCUCUCAAAUGGAAAAAACUGUGCCGCAUCCUUAUUGUAUACCACAUCCUCAAUUUACACUUAACGGAAGCAAUUUGAGUAGUAAUUUGAGAAAUGCUAACUUAGCGCCCAUAGAUAGGUAUAAUAAGAAGCCCUAUAAAGCUUAUGGAGACAUGGACAAGGAUUUAGGUUUGGGAACUUCUGAGGAAAACUCUAGCGAGUCAUCGACUCAUUCGAAUAAAAAACCAGGAGUUGCGAUGCAAACUGAAGCGGAAAAACGUUAUCGGGAAGCUUGGAGAAGAAAUUCUGAUUGUCAUUUGUACCAACAUAGAUCACCACAAAUCGAUAUUUACGGAACCGAAUUUUAUCGACCAAGAAACGAAGAUAUUGAUGUUCCUGAUAGCAAUUUCAUCCAAGAAGAACCGCCAAGAAAUCGUUAUCAAAGACGAAGAUAUUCGCCUCCUGAGCCUAGGGAGUUCCCUAGGGAUUCAAGAUUAGUUAGGUCUAGUUCACAUCACAAUAUUCUGCAUCCUAGGUAUUUAAAGGAAUCACGGUUUCCUUAAUUCUGAAUUGUAGUGUCAUAGUUCUAUUUUUUCUAAAUAUAUUGUCGUAUUAGUGUAUAUAGUAGUUAUUUAGGCAAGUUUGGAUGGUUCGAGAAAUCACUCACAGGCACAUCUGAAAUAAGAUAUUUUCAGCCCUUAAAUUUACAGACAAAAAUCAAGCUUGUUUUUUUUGUGUCUGCUGGCAAUUUUAAGGCCUAGAAAUUAUUCUGCAUGUUAGAUGUUAAUGUAUGCUUCCAUUUUCUUUCUAUAAGGACAACGAUUUUUCAAUAUUAAUAAGAAACCAUUUAUAUAAGAAAUAUUAUUAAAAUCACAUUUUCUUUUGUAAAUAGUUCUGACUUUUUUUCAUAAGGCAAUCCAAACUUUAUCAUUAAAGUUAUAGGUAAUUUAGUUUGUAAGUUUUUUUUAUAAAAGGCUGCUAUUUUGAUUUUUUUAAACCUUAGUUAUAGGUAGUUGGAAUAUUUUUUUAUAGUAAGGGGUUUUUGAAGCACAUAAAAAAUGUCCACAUAAUUUCUUGAUCAAUAAUAAUAAUAUAGCUGUACCAAAUAAGUAUGUGACAUCAUAUCAUGGGGACCAAGGAAUUUUAAUUGAAAUCAUUUUAUUUUAUAAUAACCAUUUUAUUGUAAAUAUUUUUUGUAAUUAAUAUUUUUAAUUUUAGCUCACUUGGAUUAUUAGAUAUAGGUAUUGCUCAAUGCAAAAUAUUAACCCAAGAGGCAAAAACAAAUUAAUUUUUUUUUUUUGGGUUCGUAUUUUUGAAACCGUGAGAUUUGUAAUUAAUAUUUGGAAAAUUUUCUCGAUUUAAGGCCUAUUCGCACACAUUAUACAGUCUGCAUUUGUGUAUUAUCUAGUAGGUAAAUAUUGUUUCAGAUUUAUUUUUUUCAUUUGCUGCAUAUUAUAACAAAAAUCUCCCACUGCACUUCGAAAUAGUCCAACUAAACAUAAAAUAUCAUGUCUUUAUGUUCUUUAUAAGUUCAGUGCAACUUUUUUUGUAUGGAUUUAGUUUACAUUUUACAUCAUCCUCGAAGUAUUUUUUAUAUUUUCGCGGCAGGGGCAUUAAAGGCUCGUUUACAUCAUUCGAUGGAUCAAGCCGAGGGAAUAAUGUAAAUGCGCCCAAACUCCAUACUUAUGAUAAAAGCUCCCCUACCACAGCCGUGCGUUGAUGAACAUGUGUAUUUAAAGUAAUCGAUAUUAUAAUGUACCUGUUUUACCAACGAUACUGAUGUACAGAUACAACACACAACUGACACGUUACUGAUAGGUGUGAAUGGGCCUUUAUCCUGCCACGUUAUGCGGUAAAAUGUUACCAAUUUAUUUUUACAGUGAAGUCAGAAUGGAAGGAAGUAUUUUUAUAUGGUAAAUAUUGAAUAAAUAAUUUUUAGAAUUCCAA